UGUUCGAGCUGUAUAGAAGGCUCAAUAUUAGAGCGAAUAGUGAUACCAUUACCGUUCAAAAAAUGCUAUCUCGACUUCUACGAUACAUAUCCGUCCCUCCCCUUCUCAACACUGGCUCCGUUGCCCGUGACCUCCUGGCAUCAGAACGGACGUUUCUUGCUUGGGCACGCACUGGUCUCGGGUUCAUUGCACUGGGUGUCGCGCUUGAAAAGGUCGAAGCAUUCGCAGCUCUGUCGCCUACCCUGCUCCAUUUGUCCGACUCGAGGACGAAAUUUGCGGCGGGUGUCCUCGUCGGUAGCGGCAGCCUCUGUGUCGCACACGGCACAUAUAGAUACUUCAGUACGUUGAAGUUGAUUCAGGAGGGCAAAUUCAGACCGAACACCGGCGGAAUCAGCCUCAUGGCCAUGACGUGUAUUGGCAUUGCACUGGCAGGGAGCAUCUUGGUCGUCCAGAACGAAGCCGAACACACGAAGGAGAAGGACAAGGAGAAGGAGAAGGUGAGGAAGAAGAUAUGAUAUGAAUACCUGUGCGACAAAGAAGCCGGUAUGGAUAGGAGAUUACCAGGCCCUGGGUGGGACUACGGGAUCUUCGCCCGUGGCUUCAAUCUUUCCAUGAGACCAUCGACCCUCUCCUUAUCCCAUCCUUCAUUCUUCCGCCUUUUCCAAUCAGGCUCUUGACGGGCAAGCUGUGCCAGAUCCAGUGCGGUGACACCUGUACAAUCCGCCCUUAUGUCUGUCACUGCUCCUCGAUCCAGCAGUAAUUCGACGGCGUCCCAGCAUCCUCCCUCGGCCGCCCAGUGCAGAGGCGUCAUCCCGUCGUCGUUCUGACUGUCGAUGUCGGCUCCAGCAGCAAGGAGGGUUUUAAUCUGCUCCACUCGGCCGCUGGACGCUGCUGAAUGAAUAGGUCGGCUCCCGUUCAAGAGCCGCAGGUUGAUGUCGCCAUUGUACUCUUCAAGGAGGAGUUUCAAAACAUCUGCGUUGCUGCACGCAGCAGACUUGUGGAGAGCGCUAAAUCCCUCGCUGUCCUGCCCAUUUGGGUCUGCGCCAGCAUUGAUUAAGAGACGAAUCAUCUCUUCGUUGCCGUGUUGGGCCGCAAGAACAAUCGGAAGAGUCGGUUUGCCGCGGCUGAUGAAUGUCCCUUGUUGAUUUGCAUCGGCCCCCCGAGACAGCAACUCCCUCACGAGCUCCACCAACCCCUCCUUCGCUGCAUAUAGCAGCGGUGUCCCCGUUGUUGGAGGGCUCUGAGGCGCAACCAGCGCACCGCGGUCAAUGAGUAAACGAGCAAGCGCCUCAUUCCGUUCUUUGAUUGCACAGGAUAGUGGUGUUUCCUCAAGUGCUGGCGGUGGCGAGUCCCAGUACCAAUUUAGCUCCCAAUCAGAUGGAUUGUAAAAUUCAGAGCAUUUUGCAUCAUGGGCAAUUGGCGGAUUGACGUCGGCGCCGGCUUUCAGCAGGAGCUUGGCAAUUUGCCAGCGAUGACACCGGAUAGCCUCAGUCAACGGACUGGUCUCUGUACAUUUGUCGUAGGGACCUGGCUUGUGGCCAGUUUCGAGCAAAUAUUGUACGAUAGGGCUGGAUCCCCCGAUGGUAGCGGCUCGAAGCAUCGACACAGCGUCUUCUGGUCUUCGUAGGGCUGGGUCAGCACCAAGCUCCACCAGUAGUCGAAAAUUAUCGAUGCUGCCUGUUCUCACAGCCUUGUAAAGUGCCUGGUGUGUAUCGGCGCCGUUCGACACCAAGAACUCAAUUAGAUCUCGGCGUCCUUGAUCCACGGCCUUAUGCAACGGCAUCGAAGAGUCCUCGUUCACAUCAGCUCCUGCGUCAAGUAGCCUCUGUGCGAUCUCAAGACUCCCACCUUCUACUGCGGACGUAAGAGCACUGGAUGGAUCAGCUCCGUUCUGCAGUAGCAAUUCAACGAAAUCCCGGCGUCUGCUUUCGGCGGCCGUCUUCAGUGGUCUCGACGACUCCUUCUCAUUCACACCAGCUCCUGCGUCAAGUAGCAUCUGUACGAUCUCAAGGCUUCCGCCGUGUACUGCGGAUGUAAGAGCAUUGGAUGGAUCAGCUCCUUCUGACAGUAACGUCCGAACGGUGGAGAUGUGACCGCCGAUUGCCGCCCCUUGAAUAGCCUCUGGGAAAUCGAAAUCAUACUCAUACACACAGUCUUGUUGAUCGGUGAGGCGUGCUCCAUCUCUCAGUGACUGUACAACGGUAGCUGUGUCCCCUGCUCUCGCAGCCAUCUUGAGUUGUCU